AUGGAGACUCUUCCGUCAUACAAACGUGCAACCACUGCUCCGGACUUGUUGGAUCUAGUCGCUGCAUACAUUCCCGUCGUAGAUUGGCCUCGAUGUUGUUUAGUAGAUCGUCGAUUUUAUCGCCAGUUUGCGCCCCGGCUCUGGCAAGAUCCCUUAGUGACUAUAAGACAGCUUGGACUACACCCGAACGACGACUUGACCUGGUAUCGCCGGUUCAUAAAUAGACACAUGAAAUCUGCAAGGAUUCAAACUCGAUAUCAUGUUCGCUCCUUGGAUUUUCGGAAUUUCGCAUCGCGCGCAUCCGGGCUGUACUCUUCAGAAGCUAGCGAACGAGCCAUCUCAGCAAGCUUUAAGCAUCUUCCAGAGCUGUUUCCAGGCCUGGUAUGCCUACUCGUGGACGGGCACCCCGAGCUUAACCCAGAGCCUCUGGCUGUUGCAACUCGCACGUCUUCACAGUCUUUACAGCUACUUGGCCUAGCUCGCUGUCCACAUGAACUUACGCCUACAUUCUUUAAUUCCAACCUUUUCAGGGGUCUAGUUUACUUGGACAUAUCCUUUACCCCGGGAUCAGUAAAGUCGGCAAUCUUGUCGUCACUAAACCCUGGUACACUACCAGGGCUCCGCGUACUGAAGGUCGCAGGCAGGGAAAUAGACAAUCCAACCGCCAACUUGCUAUUUCAAACUUUCCGUCGUCAACUGUGGAGUCUUGACCUAAGUAACAACAAAAUUGGGGAUGAACUAAUCGAUAACAUUGUAGAGCAUUGCAUUUCUCCUUCUACAUUUCAUACAGACUCUCACUUCGAUACCGAAGGAAGAUUAGUCUUACCGAAGGAUAUUGGCAGUCAAAGAUAUGGACCCUUUGAGUUUAUCGAGGAGUCCGAGAGAAGUAAACACGCGAGGGAUUUGGAGAGAUAUCUUUCAGAUUCCCCUUUUUAUUCCCAAAGAGCGGACCAAACGGAGCUACAAGAAUGGCAAGACAUUCGUCCCGACGGACUCACACCGCUCAGAGAUGAUAAUACGAAUACAGCGAAGAAAUUGGUAUUGAGCGAAUCCUUGUCGACUACAACCGGCAGUUUGGAUUCCAGGAGAAUUGGCCUUACGCAUCUAUAUUUAAAUGGGAACAAGUUCACAAUCUACGGUAUUGAGCGCCUUAUAAGAAUAUCUCGAGGGCAUCUUGAACAUUUUGAGUGUGAUUCAUGCCUUUGCACGCCAACAAAUUCCGAAGCUAGCCAUAGCUUCAAGAGUGUGAGGAUUCUAGGCUUCCCAGGCUCCGCGGCCCUGUUUCGACCGGUGGUUUCCUCUGCAAUGCGGUCCCUCCGAGUUCAUCAUUCUCUCGUAACUCGGGUUCCAUCAGUUUCUCUGGACGGACUAACGUCAGCGUCUGCAUUACGCCUUGCGGAAGAACAAUUAUUCAAAAACAUCUGUCGCGCCUAUCCUAUAGGCUUAGCUCCUGAUACGAACCCGCGUAUUACCUCUCUAACACUAACGCAUAUCCCAGCGCAUUCUACAGGUCCGGUAAUUGAACAAUUGAUUCGGUUUCUAGAGCUUGCAUGUGUGCAACAAAAGGCUGUCAGACAUGCUGGGACCCUAUUUGAUGGCCGUAAGCCGUCAGUUCUAAAAGGACUCCGACAUAUCAGACUUGAGCUGGAACCCAAGUUCUCAGAGAGCAAUAAUAUCAUAACAAGUAGCGACGUAGACUUUGAUAAAAUUCUCGAUCCCGGCGAAGAAAACUUUAAUGAAGAGAGCACAUCGAGCUUCUUUGACGACGACGUGACGUUCGGAAUUACAUCAAGAAGUGCACCAAAGAAGACACAAACACGACCGAAUAAAGCGUCUGCCAGCGCAGACGAAUACCCACGAUGGACUUCGGGGCGAUUGAAGUCACCUCCUUAUUCAGACGUCAGCUCCGAGUACGUAACCUGCCAUGUCGACGCCGCUGACUCGUGGAGCGGUAACUUCUACUCGGUCCCCGUUUGGAUCGGACCAGGACAUAUCGGCCCGCACGCGGCUGUUAACGAGUACAUGUGGAACGUGCAAGACCCAAACCUCCGUACCAACAUCGGGCCUGCGACGCCGAAUCACAUCGCCGCGGGAGUGCCGCCGAUGACUUAUAUCUUCUACGCAGCGUGGGAGGCCAUGAUAUUUCCUAAGAGCAGCGCUAUCCGCGAAGCAGCGAAGAGUUCUACCGGAUUUAGAGAUGUAGCAGGGGCCAUAAAGGAGUAUCGUCUACGCACGAAAGGUACGGAAGAGCAUUGGGAUGGUAAGCUUGAACUAAUGCGAUCGGGGUGA